UCCACUUGGUUAGAAAACCUUUUUGCUAGUUACAAACAUUCAACACACUUUUUUAACAAUUUCUAUUUUUUUCUUUUGGAUAGAAGAAGGUAUCUGUAACUGUUUAUCAUGUGUUUUCACGGCUAACCUACAUGGUUGCCAGUGGGUAUCAGUGUUCACUACAUGCUUGCCUGCUUUUUUAACUGGUGUUUAAAAUAGCCCACAGUCCAUCGUAUCUGUACAGAGAUCUGAUGACAUAAAAUAGAGCUGAUCUGAACUUCUAGUCUUAAUAUGAUUGAAUUCUUCUGCAGAGAUUCGACUUUUAGCCCAUGUGAUUAACCUUUUCAAAAACAAACAGGAUGUCUUCAGAAGGGCUUUCACUACGGAGGGUCUCUGGAACUCUGAACAGACUGGGGCAGAAAUUAGAAGCAAUAAAUGCCCAAUUUGAUGAGUUGGAUGGGGCAGCAAAGGUCCUGGCAGAGAGACUGGAGGAGCACAGGCAGCUUCUAGCCAAGCAGUGUGAUCACGAUGAAGUGUGGUCUUCAUUGUUGGAAGACAGAUUCACAAGCUUUGAGACCAAUCUCUUCUUCUCCUACGUGAUAGAAACACUGCGCUGCUGCCACUCCCAGGUGGUUAGGAAACUGCCAGAUCUUGUCAGUGGUCUUCCCACCCUAGCGUCCGUCCUCCGAAGGAAAAUCAAAAACCGGCGGGUUGACGUGGCGUGGGAGUCGACGCUCGAAGAACUGGGCCUGGGUGGCCGUGAUGCAAAAGCGCUGUGCGCCUUCUUCGUUGCCCGGGGCUACGAGGCCGAGUACUACCAGGCCGGGCAGAGAGAGAAGUACUCAGAAGAUGUGGAAAUGCUCAUCAGGAAAGUGGUACGAAACCACGUUUUGAGGGACAGUUUGCUUCGGGCAGUGCAAGUUGUCGAGAAAGGGAAGGCUGGAGACAUAUCCACGAAUCCAGUUGAGGCUGAAGAAAAGAAACCAGCCAUAUCGAUAAGACAACAGGUGUGUGGGGCUCAAGACUAAAUUCUUUAUGUUUGCAGUUGAAUCCAGUGACACUCAAGCCUAACACUAUAUUCAGAACAUGCAUCUGAACUAUCAAUGAGAGUGAGGUCGAAAGAGAACUGCAGUCCCAAGUUCUCAGACCUGUUAUUAAAUCUUGUUUACAAAAUAAAUUCAUUGACGGUACAGAAAAAAAAAUGACGAAUUUCAAAUUUAGUACAAAAUUGUGAACUUUGUGAAAGUACUGUAAAUCACAAUGUUGGCGCAAAGCCCUGGUCUCCCCACAAGCAAGAGUGAGAGUUCACGAGAAUUGUGACAUUAAGCGCCCCUUCCUGCUCACUAGUAACUGUAACGACUAAUGUAAUGUGAUAAAUAAAGUAAGUCAAUGCGGUGCAGCAGACAUUUCACCGCAGAAGUGUUCCCAUGUGAUCUGCUUGCUGAGUUAACAAGUAAAUAGUAUCUGUUGACAAAACCGUCUCAAAGUCAAGAACAAUAUUCCUACUGGAUUAACAGUAUUCACGAGCAUGCUUGUUUACAAUGUCAUAGGGCCGCUUCAUUUCACGGGAUGUUGCCUCUUUCGGAAAUUAUGGAAUAUGGUGCUGCACAUAACUGGAAAUUUAAUCUAUUUUGUCAUAUAAAAAUUGGAGGUUUUACAAGUUA